AUGCCCCAAGAACUGGUCAACAGCGACACCAUCGAGUCGUCGCAGCUGCUCAAGCCUAAGCCGUGGCUCCUGAAGCCGUAUGUGCUUCCGUUCUUGGUCAUCUACCCGGUGUACUACAACCUGUACACCAACCACUACGAUGAGUACUUUGUUGGAAGAGAAUGGACGUUUGUCUACACAUUGACGCUUCUGUCGAUCCAUUCGCUGAUUUGGCUGCUCCCAAGAUGGAACUUGAAUCUGAACGUCAGUUUCAAGUACGUUCCCGUGAAUUCUUUGAAAGACGCCUCGCACAUUUUCAUAAGGGCAAAACCAAGCUUCGGUAUCAGCGAGAUUUCGCCUAUCCGGUUUGAUUCAAGGGCCAAACGGCUCUCGUUCCUGUACCAGAAGAGAAAGUACUUUUGGAAUGAGGAGUUGUCCAAGUUCUCACCUCCGAUCUUUGCCAUCGACGACGAGUCGCUCACUAUCCUCAAACUCAAGCAAUCUAAGGGUCUCAAGGCCAGCCAGAUUAGCUCUCUCGAAGACACCUACGGCAAGAACAAGUUCGACAUCCCAAUCCCAACGUUUUUGGAACUGUUCGUCGAGCACGCUCUUGCUCCGUUCUUUGUUUUCCAGCUCUUCUCCAUCGCCCUGUGGUGUAUGGACGAGAUGUGGUAUCUGUCUCUGUUCUCGCUCUUUAUGCUUGUCAGUUUCGAAAGUACCAGUGUUUACCAGAGAAAGACAACCAUGACUGAAUUCCAGAGUAUGGGAAUCAAGCCGUACGAGAUCUACUGCUACAGAGACCAGACUUGGACCAAGAUAUCCACUGACGACCUUCUUCCUGGCGACAUUGUCUCUGUGACCAGAACUCCUCACGAAGACCUGUCUGUCCCGUGUGAUCUUGUUCUCUUGGAUGGCUCCUGUAUCGUCAACGAGGCCAUGCUUUCUGGAGAAUCCACUCCGCUGUUGAAAGAGUCGAUCAAGUUGAGAGACGAUUCUGAUUUGUACCAACCAGAUGGACUGGACAAGAACUCGCGUCUUCACGGUGGUACCUCCUGUUUGCAGGUGACUCCACCAGAGAAACCCCUCGUUAAAUUGGCCCCAGAUAACGGUGCUUUGGCUUUGGUUGCAAAGACCGGAUUCGAAACCACUCAAGGUUCGCUGGUCAGAGUCAUGAUCUUCUCCAGCGAGAGAAUGUCGGUCGCCAACAAGGAGGCCUUUUUCUUCAUUUUGUUCUUGCUUGUGUUUGCCGUCAUUGCCUCCUGGUACGUUUGGGUGGAAGGUACAAAAAUGGGUAGAGUCCAGUCCAAGCUGAUUCUCGACUGUAUUAUUGUGAUCACCUCUGUUGUUCCUCCUGAGCUUCCUAUGGAGCUCACCAUGGCCGUCAAUCAGUCUCUGGCUGCUCUUGGAAAGUUCUACAUCUACUGUACCGAGCCGUUCAGAAUUCCGGUUGCUGGAAGAAUCGACGUCUGCUGUUUUGACAAGACUGGUACUUUGACCGGAGAAGAUCUUAUUUUUGAAGGUUUGGCUGGUUUCAAGUCCGAGAGCGCCAAACAGCUAUUCCGUGCCGACGACGCUGCUGUUCCAGCUGUCACUUUGGACGUUCUGGGUUCUGCUCACGCUCUUGUGAAGCUGGACGAUGGAGAAAUCGUUGGUGACCCAAUGGAAAAGGAGACUUUGAAAGCUUCGGGCUGGAAACUGUCCCAGAAGUCCAAGAACACCGUCGAGGGCCACAAGAGAACCGUCAAGAUCUUGAGAAGAUUCCAAUUCUCGUCUGCAUUGAAGAGAUCCUCGUCCAUCUCCAAGGUUAACAAUCAGGUGUUGGUCAGUUGUAAAGGUGCUCCAGAAACGAUCAAGGAUAUGCUGGUGGACGCUCCUUCCAACUACGAGGAGACGUUCAAGUCGUUCACCCGUUCCGGAUCCAGAGUGCUGGCCUUGGCCUACAAGUACUUGAAUACCGACAAGAACAUUGACAGCGUUGAAAGACACUCUGUUGAGAGCGACUUGAAGUUUGCCGGAUUCAUUGUUUUCCACUGUCCUAUGAAGUCUGACGCUGUUUCCACGAUCGAGAUGUUGAACGAGUCCAGUCACAGAUGUGUGAUGAUCACCGGAGACAACCCGCUGACCGCCUGCCAUGUUGCCAAAGAGGUUGCUAUUUUGACCAAAGACGUGUUGAUCCUGGACUUACCAGAAAAACACUACCCUGGAGACUCUGAGCUUGCUUGGAGAAACGUGGAGGAGACCAGAAUCAUCCCAUUCAACCCUACACAGGACUUUGACGAGACUUUCUUGGAGAAAAACGAUAUCUGUAUCACUGGUUAUGCUCUCUCAAAAUUGACCGAGCACAAGCAGCUCGACAAGCUCAUUAGACACACCUGGGUGUACUCGAGAGUGUCUCCUUCGCAGAAGGAGUUCAUUCUUAACUCGUACAAGAACCUGGGCUACAAGACAUUGAUGUGCGGUGACGGAACCAACGAUGUGGGAGCCUUGAAACAAGCCCACGUUGGAAUUGCUUUGUUGAACGGUACAGAAGACGGACUGAAAAAGAUACAGGAAAACAAGAAAAUCGAAGCUAUGCAGAAGGUGUACGAAAAGCAGUCUGAGAUCAUGAAGAGAUGGGGAAACCACCCUCCAAAAGUUCCUCCUGCUAUUGCACACUUGUAUCCUCCAGGGCCAUUGAAUCCAAAUUAUCUGACAGCCAUGGAGAAACAGGGUCAUACCAUCACUGAUGAUAUGAGAAAGAUGGUGGACUUUGCCAACAGACAGCCCCUGCCGCCUGUUACCCCAACGGGAACCACUCCUUCUCAGAAGUCGACUUUUGCAGAGCAAAUUUUGACCAGCAUGCAGAACCAGGACCAGGACGGCGAGGAAGAGGCACCAGUUUUGAAGCUGGGAGACGCCUCUGUUGCGGCUCCGUUCACCUCGAAACUUGCCAACGUUUCUGCCGUCGUGCACGUCAUCAGACAAGGAAGAUGCGCAUUGGUUUCGACGAUCCAAAUGUACAAGAUCCUAGCGUUGAAUUGUCUGGUCUCGGCUUACUCGUUGUCUGUCCUUUAUCUUGCCGGUAUCAAGUUCGGUGAUGGACAAGCAACGGUCUCCGGAUUGUUGUUGAGUGUUUGUUUCUUGUCGAUUUCUAGAGGAAAGUCGCUGGAGAAGCUUUCCAAGGAAAGACCGCAGCCGGGCAUCUUCAACAUUUAUAUCAUGGGCUCGAUCUUGGGACAGUUUGCUAUCCACCUGAUUUCGUUGAUCUAUAUCACCAGAGAGGUGUAUAUCUUGGAGCCAAGAGAGCCACAGGUCGAUUUGGAGAAGCAGUUCAGCCCAUCGUUACUGAACACGGCCAUGUUCCUAAUCCAGCUGUCGCAGCAGGUUGCCACGUUCACCAUCAACUACCAAGGACCGCCAUUUAGAGAGUCCAUCAGGGACAACAGGGGAAUGUACUAUGGAUUGCUGGGUGUGACUUUCCUGUGCAUUUCUGGAAGUACUGAGUUCAUGCCGGAGCUGAACGAGGCCAUGCAGUUUGUCAAGAUGACCGACCUGUUCAAGUUCAAGCUGACGGCAGCCAUUGUGCUUGACUUUGGAGUCAGUUGGGCCAUCGAGCUGGUUUUGAAACACUUCUUCAUGGACUUCCAAGCAGCAGACAUUGCGCUUCGUGAGGAUGAGGAGGACAAGAAGACCAAAUAA